AUGGAGGGGAGCAUCAGAGAGGAGUACUGCAACAGCAACUACAGCGCCAUGCCCAAGGAACCAUGGAGAAACGGCAGCCUCGGCGGGCCUGCCGGCGAUUGCACCCCUGGGAACCUCUUUUUAGGGCUCUCAUGGCCCCCGAGAUCCUACACAUGCAGUUUCUGCAAGAGGGAGUUCAGAUCUGCUCAGGCGCUCGGCGGCCACAUGAACGUGCACCGGCGGGACCGGGCGAGGCUGAGAGAGUCUCCCCCUUGGGAGCCGCCGCCGUGCUCCAACCCCAACCCUAUCCCUAACCCUAAACCAAAUCCUAACCGUAUUCUCCUACUGAACCUUAACAGAGAGCCCGAUGCCACGUACGAAGACGUUGAUCCCCCGGCCACUCGCAUGUCUUCCUCCCCCAUUUGUUCUCUGUCGCAUCGCUCUGCAUCCACUUCGAACAAGUCUUCAUCGGAAGCCUUCACCUCAGAUCCUCGGGAAUCGAAGAACCGAAAGAUCGCGAAAGCACACUAUGCAGUUUCUGCGGAGAAGGAUCUCUCUGGGAAGGAUCCGACUUGUAAGGUGCUGAAGAGGAAGAAUGGAGCUGGAGGACUUCACUUGGAGAUUGGAAUAACUAGUGCUGUUAAGGAGAACCUGGACUUGGAUCUCCGACUAGGGUAUGCUUAG